AUGCACAGUACUGCCAAUGCUACAACCGUAUCUUGUUCAACCAGACCCGACUAUGAUUCUCUCGGUGUCAUGGAUAGCACAGUACCAUCUUCAGAUCUUUCUACAAUGAGCCCGGCCCUAACGAAUGUUUUUAAUCGUCAACGCAUGCCAUCUAUACGCUGCCCUUUAUCGCUCAAUUCCUAUUCUGUAUCAACCUUGGAAGUGAAUCAAGGAGAUGUUUUUCAGCAGGUAAGUUUCAGGCCAUGGGCUGAAAAGGUUUUGUAA